CCGCGGGGAGGAUGGGCGUGCACUGCUCAGGACGCAGAGCUGCGGUCAGCACUGACUCGCUCCAUCAUCAUCAUCGCCUGACUGGAGUAAACAUUAGCUGAGAAUAAAAUACAUCACAUCUAACCAAACCAGAGUCAUUUACACUGACCGGUUUAAGUCUUCUACACCAAAAUUACGUCGUUUUUCUCCGCCAAGCGAGAAAGGAUCAGCCAACAUGUUCUUCACCUGUGGUCCCAACGAAGCCAUGGUGGUGUCAGGCUUCUGUCGUUCUCCUCCGGUGAUGAUCGCUGGAGGCCGAGUGUUUGUCAUCCCGUGCAUUCAGCAGAUACAGAGGAUUUCUCUGAACACUCUGACUCUCAACGUGAAGAGCGAUAAGGUUUACACCCGCCAUGGAGUUCCCAUCUCUGUUACUGGGAUCGCUCAGAUGAAGAUCCAGGGCCAGAACAAGCAGAUGCUGGCUGCCGCCUGCCAGAUGUUCAUGGGAAAGUCUGAGGCUGAAAUCGCUCAGAUCGCCCUGGAGACGCUGGAGGGACACCAGCGGGCCAUCAUCGCCCACCUGACCGUAGAGGAAAUCUACAAGGACAGGAAGAAGUUCUCAGAGCAGGUUUUUAAGGUGGCUUCAUCUGACCUGCUCAACAUGGGGAUCAGCGUGGUCAGCUACACGCUCAAGGACGUCCACGAUGAUCAGGAUUAUCUGCACUCACUGGGAAAAGCCCGAACAGCCCAGGUCCAGAAGGACGCUCGCAUCGGAGAGGCUCAGAACAAGAGAGACGCGGUGAUCCGGGAGGCGCACGCUAUGCAGGUAAAGAUCUCCGCUCAGUACAAGAACGAGAUCGACAUGGCGAAGGCCCAGCGGGACUACGAGCUGAAGAAGGCGGCCUACGACAUCGAAGUGAACACCAAGAAGGCGGAGUCAGAGAUGGCUUAUCAGCUGCAGGUGGCGAAGACGAAGCAGCGCAUUGAGGAGGAGAAGAUGCAGGUGCAGGUGGUGGAGCGGUCCCAGCAGAUCAUGCUGCAGGAGCAGGAGAUCACCCGCAGGGAGAAGGAGCUGGAGGCCAAGGUGAAGAAGCCUGCAGAAGCGGAGCGGUACCGCCUGGAGAAGCUGGCUGAGGCUCAGCGCAUGAAGAUGAUCAUGGAGGCAGAGGCUGAAGCCGAGUCCAUAAAGGUUAAAGGUGAGGCUGAGGCGUUCGCGGUGGAGGCCAAGGGCCGCGCUGAGGCGGAGCAGAUGGCGAAGAAGGCCGAGGCCUUCAGCGAGUACAAGGAUGGAGCCAUGGUGGACAUGCUGCUGGAGAAGCUGCCUCUGAUGGCAGAAGAGAUCAGCAGGCCUCUGUGUGAAGCCAAGAAGGUGACCAUGGUGUCCAGCGGAGGAGACGUCGGAGCGGCCAAGCUGUCCGGAGAGGUGCUGGAGAUCAUGACGCGCCUCCCUGCAGCUGUGGAGAAACUGACCGGCGUCCAGAUCUCUCAGGUGACUUCUCGGACAGGAUGAAGGGAAUCGAGCCAGAGAAGCUUUCUGUCAGAUCUUUUCUCCGUCUUCUCUUAUCAGCCGCGCUGAUUCCUCUGUGUUGCUGUUUAACCUCAGCUGGUUUGUUACGUUGAUCUUUGAGGAAAUGUUCACUUUUCAUCCGUUUACGUUCACAUUUCAUCUGGUUAUUGAUGCCGUGCUUUAUCUGAGUUAAAUAACGAAUUACCUGUUAUCACUGUUCUUUGUGUUUUACGUGGCUCAUGUUACACACUAGCAGCUCUGUGGCAAAGUCUUGAAGCACCCUUUAUUUCUUAAUAUUUACUUUCAAGUAGACAGACCUUUUUGUGGUUGUUUUUAGCUUUAAAAAGGCUUUAUUUUAUGUUUUUUUUUACCCCCAUAUACACUAAACAAUUUAAAAUGCUUCGUGUUUUGCAAAGUGGUGCUGUGAUCAGAAGCCUAAAGCUGAUUAAUUUGCUAAGGUUUCUCAUAUAUGGAGACAAGACAUGAAUUCAUCCCAUCGCUUUUAAUGCCAGGAUGAGAGUUGAGUGGCUUAGGAGAGAAAAAAACAUUCACCUGAAAAUGUUUAGAUAUUGGUUUGAAAAAGAGUGAAGGGACAAAAAAAACCCUGCCAAAAUCCAAAGAAAUCUUUUUUUUAUUUUUUUUUUUUUACAAAACCAUCUGAAAACCAUGUUAACGCCUGUUUACUCAUAAAUAAAA